AUGUGGCCCUAUCGCUUUAUGGAAUGCCUUCCAAAGGACCUAAAUCUAGGCCCAGCGAAGCAGAGCACUAAGGAAUCGAAGCGAAUCCAAGCAGAAGAUGCUGGUUCUCUAGCUCACUGGUACGAUCUUCUAGCGAAUCUCCUGAAAGAUGUUCCCGCGCGGCUGGUAUAUAAUAUGGAUGAGUGUGGUUUUCGCCAGGGUAAAUUGAGGAAGGUGAUUAGUUCCAAGGGUAAAUCUUGCCCUGAUCUUGCUGAAUCCCCAAAAGGCGAGAAUAUAACUGCGGUUGAAUGUAUAUCUGCCGAUGGUUGGCAGAUGGAUCCGAUGAUUAUCUUCACGAGUCAAGGCGCCUUUAUGGCAAACUGGUUUCACGGCAGCGAAAGUCUCCCACUAAACACAGUAGUGGUUGUGUCUGCGACUGGCUAG